GCUGAAAGACUUAUAAUUAAGUCGUCUGGAAAGUCUUCCAGCUGGAAGACUUUCCAGACGACUUAAUUAUAAGUCUUCCAAGACAUCCAGUAGAACAUUUUAAGGCCGACCUGAAAAUUCGGAGAAGAUAUAGUCGUGUUCGAGACAGCGGUUAUAUAUCUGCAAAAAUAGACGUGAAAAAAGAACGAGUGUAUAAAUUGAUAGAGACAAUGUUUUAUGUUCAUCUUUUCCUCAAUCAAUCACUCGACAGUAAGAGAUAUAACUUACCGGUGGCGGAGUUCAACAAGACGCCUCUGAGAGAAUGCGCGCUAGGGUUUCCUCUCACACUACAGGAAAUGUGGGUAUUAAUAGCGUCGUAGCAUAGCGUUUUUUGCUUCUCUGCUAUUGUAUAUAAACACGGGCCUUUAUAAUAGCGUUUUUGAAAUGUAUAAGCUAUCUUUGUAGUCGCAGGAAAAUAAAAUAAUUCAGCCGCGUUAAUUUGGUAAGUGGAGGCGCCUUACCAUUGCAAAUCAAAAACUAAAUGCUAUCGUAUAUGAAAAAAUAUAUUAAAAAUAACUUAAGUAUUAAUCGAAACCGAGACUUCAUUCUCUUCACUUCACUCUCUUCACAUUCCUCAAAAUCAAAAUCGACUCAUCGAAGUUCUUCAGAGUUCUCUCGAGUCGAAGCUUCAAUUGGUAUGAGUUUCGAUUUGAUUCUGAGUUUAGAAUAGAGACUGGUUCUCUCGAGUCUAAUCUCUUUGAUUUUGGGUUUCUCUUUGAUUCAAAUCUCUUUUCACAUGCAUGUCCGCGUUAACACAUGAUUCGAUUUUUAUUGUGGGUUUCGAUUAGGUUUCGAUUAGGUUUUGAAUAUGAUUGUGGGUUUCGAUUAGGUUUUGAAUAUGAUUGUGGGUUUCAGUUUGAUUUUGAAUAUGAUUGAAGGUUUCGAUUUGAUUUUGGGUUUAAAUUUUUUGAUCGAAUGGCUUGAUUUGAUUUUGGAUUUGUUUAUCAGUUUCAGAAAUGGCAAAGACAAGAGGAGGACUAGUUGGUUCUCGUCGGAGUAGACGUAAUCAAGGCUUGGAGGUAGUAGAUCAAGAGGACAAGGCACCGCAACUAAAAGUGAAGAAAAGAACACCAAAGAAAAUGGCUUCCCCUAAAAAGAAUUUAGUUUUAACGCCAACGAGAAGAAGUAGUAGAAUCAAGAAAGUGGCUGCUGAAGAUGAUUACAUAGAAGAUGUAACACCAUCUGACGAUGGUGUGGUAGAAGAUGUUACACCUCCUAAGGAUGAUGAAGUACAAGAUGUAACACCUGCUCAGGAUGAUGAAGUAGAAGAUGUAACACCCGAAGAUAAGGAUGAUCAGGCUGAGAAGUCAAUGUCUGAAGAAGAUAAAGACGAUGAAGAGGAUGUCAAUGGGAAAGAGGAUGAAGAAGAUGGCGAUGUCAAUGGGAAAGAGAAUGAAGAAGAUGGAGAUCUCAAUGGGAAAGAGAAUGAAGAAGAACCGGCCAAUAUGGAAGAUGAUGGAGUUCUUAAUGAGAAAGGGAACGAAGAGGAAGCUUGCGAAGAAGAAGCUCGCGAUAUGGAAGAAGAUGGCACUGCGCAAGAUGAUGAGAUUCCUAGUACUGAAGGAGUUGAGCUAGCAGGGGAGGAAGUUCAAAAAAAAAAUAAAAGAGGACCUACAAAGUUGCGUAGAGUGGCUGAAAAUCCCAAUGAUAAGAUUAUGGUCACAUUCAAUGACAUUGGUGAGCAUGUUGGACCUGGUUCAGUAACACUAUCGUCGUUUCUUGGUCCUCUUGUGAGGGAACAUGUUCCGGUUACACUUGCCGAUUGGAGAAAACUUGAUGCAGCGACUAAAGCAACAAUGUGGGAAGAAAUUCAGGGGAGGUUUAACUUGCAAGAAGAGUGGCAGAAAGCUGUUAUUUUCAAGCAGCUGGGAAAUGUGUGGAGGGCUGGGAAGUCGAGGCUGGUGUCACAAGUACGUGUUGCGAAGACUGCAGCUGAGAGAAUAGCUUUAAAACCGAGCAACAUCCCAUCCCUUCAACUGUGGAACACUUGGGUUAAGAAUAAGACUACCAAAUCUUUCACAGUGAGUUAUCUACAACUAAGUAAGUUUCAUUCUUAAAGGUCAUGUCUGAUGGAUAUAAUCAAUGUCAUAUUUAUAUUGUAGGAAAUGAGUAACAAGUACAGAGCGAUGAGAAGAAAUCAGAUUCCUCACACCACCAGCCGCAAAGGAAUGCUUCCUUUAGCUGAUGAUAUGGUAAAAGAGUAGUCAAACAUCUACAUAUUGUACAUCAGCUUGUUAGAUUAAAAUGGUAGUGAGAUAUGUUUGUUUUCAUAUAGAAAAAAAAGAGUAAAGAACCAAGUAAGGUGAGUAGAUCCAAGGUUUGGAUUGCGGGACACACUCAUGCUGAUGGCAGACCUGUGAAGCCCCAGUUUGCUGAGACUAUUGUAAGCAUUAUGGAAGUUGUAUAUUGUGUAUAGUUAAUAGACUAUCGCAAUGAAUGAUUUUGUGUUUAAAUGAUUGUAUCAGGAACAAAUACAGUCACUUGACAGUCAGAUGGACUCCACAUCAGCUGCUGAUAACAUAAGGGAAGAUGCUGUGAGCAAGGUUUUGGGAAAAGACAAACCUGGACGAGUAAGGGGCUUUGGUAGAGGGAUUACAGCUAAUAAGCUAGCAUAUCUGCAAUUUAGAGACGCUAAGAUUGCAGAAAUGAAAAGUGAGAUUGAAGAUUUAAAGGGGAUGGUGCGAGAAUUAGCUGAGAAGAAGGUAAUCCUUUUCAUUACCUUUGGUCAAUUAGUUUUAAGACAUUUACGAUUUCCGUUGCCUUUUCUCAGAAAAGUAAUGUUGAUGAUGAAACAUCUGAGAGUAGUGGUGGAUUCAAAGAAGGAGUCAGAGUACAAAUACUGGAUUGGAUUGAAACAGAGGAUGUUGUUGUUGGUGAAGGAGAAUUCUGCUCUGCUGAACCGAAGUACAAAAUUGGUCGUAUACCAAUUGGUCCUAAUGCAGUGGCUAUCGUAGUUAAGUAUGCACUAAGCGCAUCAGCUUCACUCUGGAGGCCUACUACGGAUGUGUUAACUCUUGAUGAAGCUGUGGGAUACAAGAUAUCUUGGCCAAUUGAUAAAGUAAUUUUGGAUAAGGAUCCAAACUGUUCUGAAGAUUUAUCUAUGGUAAAUUUUCAAAUCUUGUUUUCUUCUUACAACAAUUGAGUCAUCUCUAAUCAUUACUAAAAUUUCUAAUUUCAAAUCUUGUUUUAGCAAAGCAAGGAAGGUGAAUAUCGAAGAUGCAAGAUAUAUGAUUGGACCAAUGAUGAGGACGAGGUCAUUGCUGAAGGUCUCGUGUGCUCUUCAAAAUUCAAAGACAUGGUUAACAACAUACCUAUGGGUCCCAAUGCUGUUAGUGUCGAAGUAGUGAAGGUGUUCAAUGAUCAAGCAUAUUUGUGGAGGCCAACCGCUGAUAUGUUCUUGAUUGGUGAUGCACUUAGCGAGAAAAUAGCAUGGCCAGUCCUAAAGGUUGAAGUCAUGCCUACACCCGCUACAGAAGUAACACCAACUAAAUGUGCAGGGAAGAAAAUAGCAUCACCUUCGAAGCCAGCCAAGAAAAAAGCAGUGGUAUGUAAUUGACAUGAAGUUAAAUUUUUUUAUUUGCCUGAUGAUUGAUGUUGCGUCCUUGAUUGAUGUUGGAACUUGCUUCUGUCAUCUUGUUUGAGUUGUAGAGUCUAGGCAGCACUAGUUCGACCAUAAGUCCGAAGCAGAAGUGCACUCUCUUGGAUUGCAACAACUCUGGACGUAAGGUAGCUGAAGGAAGGGUAGCUUCAAUGGAUCCGAAUGAGUUGUGCCACUUUGUACCCCUAGGUCCAAAUGCAAGCAAGGUGUGGAUUGAUGUGGCUAAGAUCGGUGAUGCAAAAGUCUGGAGGCCAAAUUCAGAGAUUGAAUACAUAUCUGAUGCAAUGGGUUCGGUUGUGGCAUGGCCAAAUGACAAAAUCAAGUUUGUCUAAAAUUGUCGUCUGAAACAUUUUUCAAGUUGGUUCUCAUCGGCUAUGUAUUUCUAGUGUGUGAUCGAAUGUUUAGGUACUUUUUUACUCGGUUGAAAUCAUGUAUGAUAUUAUGCAACAGUUAGCAGACAAAAAAAAACAAAAAAUUAUGUGUUAUAUUAUGAUAUAAGGUUAUGUGUGAAAAUGUUUAGCUUGUUAACCCCUAUACCCUUAAGUGCAUAAUUUUACAUUAAACCAUAAGCUUUAAAAAUUAAAUCCACAGACGGGAAGACCAAAAAUUAAAAUCCUAUACCCUAAGUGAAAUCCUUAAACCCUAAAGUACAAACCUAUACCCUAUACCCUAAUUGUACUUGAUUUCACAAUUUUGUUCAUUCUUAAAAGGAUAUUGUAAUCUUAAUUUCACAAAACUGAUUAGUUAUAAAUUUUAUAAACACUCAUUUGUUCAAACCCUCUACCCUAAAGCCUUUGUACAUACAAAUAAGUAGUAGUGUUUAUGAACAUAUGAACUAGAUUGAUCAAUCUUAUAAAAGCUCACAUAAAAAAUUUAUAUUCAUACAAUUUAUUUUUUGUAAAAUUGGAAAACUGAAUAUUUGAUUUUUAAG